AUGUUUGGAGUUACGGCAAGACUUGAUGACCAACUCGGCACCACAGCCAUACCAACCACCAUAUACAUGGACCCACCUUCCCAAGACCAGCCGUGCCACAACUCAGACCACCGUUCAAUAGAAACACUUGUCGUAGUCUUAGCUGUCAUCACUAUUUUAUCCGUCUUAGCGGGCAUCUUCGCUCGGCUUUGCGGCGGGCGCCAUUUAUCUAAAGACCACGACAUCGAAGGUUGGGUGGAGGGGAAGUGCCGUAGCUGCAUAGACGCUGGAGUCCUCACCGAGGCUGCCUCUCCUCCUCCACCGGCUCCAACAACGACAGAAACAAUGGACGAGCAGAGCAAGCCAGCAGCCGCGGAAGAUCAAAGCAAGAAGUGAAGUAAAAAAGGGAAAACUAAAUUCAUCGAUUUAGCUCUUAACAUUAUGUAGUCUUCUCGUUAAUUUUCGAAGACACCGUUAAUUAUGUACCUUACUUAUUUAUUCUACGGACACUGAUUUCGG